CCCAACUGGCAGGGACAGCUGCGGACAGGGACUGAACCAGCCUUGUUCCCAGGGUGGCGCCUGCUCUCCAUCCAGGCCCCACUCCCGCUCCCACCCGAUGCUGCUUUUGUUCCCAGGUUUCAGGGGGCAGCCGGCACUGUGAUUCCUGUGCUAUGAGUGCCUAGAGGCACGGAGCCACGAGGGGUCACCCCACGUGGGGCACAGGGCUUGGGGAGCAUGGGGCAGGACCAGACCAAGCAGCAGAUCGAGAAGGGACUCCAGCUGUAUCAGUCCAACCAGACAGAGAAAGCACUGCAGGUGUGGAUGAAGGUGCUGGAGAAGAGCUCGGACCUCAUGGGGCGCUUCCGCGUGCUGGGCUGCCUGGUCACGGCCCACUCAGAGAUGGGCCGAUACAAGGAGAUGCUGAAGUUCGCUGUGGUCCAGAUCGACACGGCCCGGGAGCUGGAGGAUGCCGACUUCCUCCUGGAGAGCUACCUGAACCUGGCCCGCAGCAACGAGAAGCUGUGCGAGUUUCACAAGACCAUCUCCUACUGCAAGACCUGCCUUGGGCUGCCUGGUACCAGGGCAGGUGCCCAGCUCGGAGGCCAGGUCAGCCUGAGCAUGGGCAAUGCCUUCCUGGGCCUCAGCGUCUUCCAGAAGGCCCUGGAGAGCUUCGAGAAGGCCCUGCGCUACGCCCACAACAACGAUGACGCCAUGCUCGAGUGCCGCGUGUGCUGCAGCCUGGGCAGCUUCUAUGCCCAGGUCAAGGACUAUGAGAAAGCCCUGUUCUUCCCCUGCAAAGCCGCAGAGCUCGUCAACGACUAUGGCAAAGGCUGGAGCCUGAAGUACCGGGCCAUGAGCCAGUACCACAUGGCCGUGGCCUAUCGCCUGCUGGGCCACCUGGGCAGUGCCAUGGAGUGUUGCGAGGAGUCUAUGAAGAUCGCACUGCAGCAUGGGGACCGGCCGCUGCAGGCGCUCUGCCUACUUUGCUUCGCUGACAUCCACCGGAGCCGUGGGGACCUGGAGACAGCCUUCCCCAGGUAUGACUCUGCCAUGAGCAUCAUGACCGAGAUCGGAAACCGCCUGGGGCAAGUGCAGGCGCUGCUGGGUGUGGCCAAGUGCUGGGUAGCCAGAAAGGCGCUGGACAAGGCUCUGGACGUCAUCGAGAGAGCCCAGGAUCUGGCUGAGGAGGUGGGGAACAAGCUGAGCCAGCUCAAGCUGCACUGUCUGAGCGAGAGCAUUUACCGCAGCAAAGGGCUGCAGCGGGAACUGCGGGCGCAUGUCGUGAGGUUCCACGAGUGUGUGGAGGAGACGGAGCUCUACUGCGGCCUGUGUGGCGAGUCCAUAGGCGAGAAGAACAGCCGGCUGCAGGCCCUGCCCUGCUCCCACAUCUUCCACCUCAGGUGCCUGCAAAACAACGGGACCCGGAGCUGUCCCAACUGCCGCCGCUCAUCCAUGAAGCCUGGCUUUGUGUGACUCCCAGCAGCAGGCGUGGGCUUCCUCCUCGCCGCUCCUGCUCCUUCUCCACUGCGCACUGGAGACCCAUUUACUCCUGGGGCAGCUGCCAGCAUGUCCUCACCACAGCCAGGGCCUUGGGACCUGCCCACGGCUGCUCCCCUGUGCCCAGCUCCCCUCCCUGCCUCUUUGUACUUUGCUCUUCAUAGAAAAAUAAACUGUUUGUACCUGG